AUGGGCCCAGUAGCUCCUCCCCACGAUCAGUACGACAUUGGUCUGGGCGUAACCCCACUAAAUCUGCUAGAGGAAGGCUGUAUAAUGCUGUAUUCGCAAUACCUCCAACAUGAACUCAAUUUCCCUGAAAACGACCACUUUUUAGCUAACGUUUGGCCCGACAAACACACUCAUGUUCCAUGGAUAGUGGUGAAUGGCGUUUCACUGGCAAACGGUCAAAUGAUGAUGGAUCACCUACCGUAUCUCAUUUGUGAUUGGUACGUUGGCGAUAAGAGGAUCCCAUUCUGCCAGUACGAAGAGAAAGCGGAAGCUGAAACGAGCCAAUUGGAAAUUUUGAGCGUCGUAUUCGGGUCUACAGACUGCCGAGUGGUCUCCCUCUAG